AUGUUAGAUGAGUAGUGGUGUGUGAAGUGGUAAAAAGAGAGAGAAAAAAAGUGAGGUGAGGGAAGAAAUAAUGGGGAGAGAGAAGAAUCCAGGACUGAAGAUUCUGUGGAUAUGGACCUUCGGAACUGCAGCCGUGCUGGUGGCAAACGUUGCGAGGACUAGAAUGAGAGACAUGAAUCAUCUCAUUAACGCUGAUCAAGACCAAACCCCCGUCAACAAUGCCUCCGACGACGAUUCUGCUCAUGAUCUCAUCGCCCAAGACAAAUCAUAGCCAGCCCAGGUGUUUGAGAUUUUACGUUUGUGGGCACCAGGUGUUUGAUGAAUUGCCCGAGUGGCCAAAACUUUUAAUAAUGCCUCUUCUCAAUUAAUAAAUUGGUUGCAACAUUUUGGUUUUAGACUUUAAAGUUCAAAUUAAUCAGCUGAAUUAAUGGUUCCACAAUCCACAUGCCUUUGAUCAGCAAGUAUAUAUGUAUGUAUGUUUCGCUACUUCUUUCUUUUUAUAUAUGUAUGUGCUUAAUUCAACAAACACCUCAGGUGAUUGACACCAAGGAAGGGAAUUCAGGGUGAAUAUAGGAAGGAAUAAAUGAUGAUGUGAAUGAAGUAA